GGGGGAUCGUGCGCGCCUCAUGGCCCUGUUGUUUGUUGGCCCGUCGUGAUCACGAGGAGAAGAGUUCUCCGAGUGUGACCGUGUUGUUUCUGGUGUUUUUUGGUGGAAAAAAUAACGAAGUGGUGAUCGGUGCUCACGGGUUGUUUCUUCACUGCGGUUUCAGUGCUACGUGGGGUUUUCUUUUUUGGGGGAGAGGCACGCUCGCCGGAGGAUCGGAAUAGAGGAAAAGAGAACGACAGAGAUAGAAGGGAGGAGAGAGAAAGAGGCUCCCCAAGAUAGACAGAGAGAGAGAGAGAGUGGUACACGGAGGGAUAGAGAUAUAGAAACAGAGGAAGAGAAAAAGAGAAAGCAGGAGAGAGGGAGGGAAAGAGAGACAGAGAGAGAAGGAGAAGCAGAUAGAUAGACAGAGGAGGAGAAAGGGUGAUUGGAAGACCCGGCUGGCGAUCCGAAUUCGCGGAUUCGACACGCCGCGGUUGCCGAUCCAUAAUAUGGCGUACAAGUUUCGCGAAGAGAUCGUGGGAAAGAGGUUUCUCUCGGUGAGUGGUUUCUCCAAGCUAAAGGUGAAUAAGAUCAGUGAGUGGGGGUGGCGUGCAGGGGUGAUUCGUGCUGCCAGUCAUAGGGAUAACGGCUGUCAUGAUCUUCAGAUCCUCGUAGAAUACGACGACGUAGAGUGGCAAAGAAGAGAAUGGCUAUCGCCGCACAGGGACGCAGUGUUCUCCUUCUUCUUGGUGGAAAAGGGUCUGAACUGGGCCGAGCGACCUGACCCCAGGCAUGCCAGCCUCAUCGCCAUCGAUCAUCACAACCACGCAAAUAAUAACCACCACCACCAUCACCGCAUCAACGGGAAACCUUUGAGGGGCGCCACUGCUGUCGCGAACACGGUCGCCUGGCCAGCCCUCACAUUCUACCCCCUAGUGGCACGCGCCGACUUGCCGGAAGACGCGAUGCCUCUCGAGUUCAUGCAGGAUCGAAGGCUGGACUUCGUCGAUUACACGAAGCUGAAACCGUUCACCCAGGACUGGGAGCUGACGAAAGGCGCGGUGGCUUGGGCGAGCGCGGUCAGACGAUGGGCAGAGAUGCAGGACGGGCAGAGGAUCCUGCUGACAACGCCAAGCGUCCUGGUCGGCUUCAGGGUCGAGGUUUAUCGGGCCGAGGGCACCACGCAAUGGUACACUGCCGUCAUUGUUGGUUACAACGAGUCCACCAAGGACUUGACCGUCACUGAUGACACUGUCCUCGAGGAUCACAACGAGGACCCUAGUUUAGUACAAAUGCGGCUGAUCGGAGACGGAGUGGUCGAGAGCAUCAUGAGAGGCGAGGUCGUCGGCAUGACACCGAGAAGGUCGAGGUCAUCAACUGCUCUGACGCACGCGCUGGUCGUGCCGCGACCUGGAAGGAGGCCCCGAGGACGUCCUGGGAACACCGCACAGUUGCAGACGACGCCCAGGAUACAGAGUCCCAUCUCGCAGCAUCUUGAAAAAGAAAAGAACACCGCGCGGAACAGUCGGCGUAGACGAGUGAGCGAAGGUGCGAGCCGCGACAGGUUAGAGAAGGACUCGGAGACCGGUCUGUCGACGCGGCAAGAGGACCGGGAGAACAAGGGUCCGCAGUCAAGUCGGCCGAGCAAUCGUAUACCGCGUACGGUAUUGGAAGAAGCGAACAGUGCGUCGAGCAGCGCUUCGAAGCUCCGGAAACGCGGCACCGCUGUGAAAAGUCCGGUUGAGAGUCCGUCGUCGCAGAGGCCAGUGCGACGGAGGCCAAGGCCGAGCGGUCAGGAAGCGAAGUCUGAGCCUUCGGAGGACCACGAAAGUCCGAGCAGCGUAAAGCCCGGCGAGAAAGAGGAGCGCCUCGGUAAUAGAUCCGAGGGUGAAGAACGCGGCAGGGAGGAGGACGAGGAGGAAGAGGAGGAGGAGGACGAGGAUCAAGACCAUUGCGAUCCCCUGACCAAGAGACUCAGAACAAGCCCGGUUGGUAGGAAGCUUAGGUCCGAACGGAAAGGGAAGGGUAACGAGGAAACCGCGUCGGAUCAAGACGAGGCGGAGGAGGAAAGCGGAAAGCAACAGCGGGACGGGUCGGGCAGAGAGGCCGAGAAGCUUGAGGAAGACGAGGAAAGCCAGUCGAGAGAACGGGACAGAGAACCGGAGCCACCACCUCCGGACAAAGUAGACCCCGGAGGCGCCGCGGCGACGCCCGAACGGAAACAGCUAGAUUCGGAAAAGGAGGAUCGGGGGAAGGAGGGCGGCAAGGAUCAGGUGUUCGUGAAUGGCUCGCUGGUGGCCGAACCUUCUUCUUUGGCCGGUGACAAAGCGGGCAGCGUCCUCCUCGAUGCCGACGCCGCGCUGCUGAAGCCAGCAGCGGCCAAACCGAAGGCAAAGGGCGUCGAGGAGGAGGAGGACGAGGAAGAGGACGAGGAGGAAGAGGAAACAGAGGAGCAGGACGAGGAGGAAGAGGACAGGGGCUCGCGUAGAACCGAGCUGACCACCGAGCUAGGCACGGAGGAUAGCGUGGGUAGCGUAAGCGGCGUGAGGGUGGCCAGCGUCGAAUCGGUCGUCGAGCUGCUGGAGUCUAGCAGUCAGGACUCAGGCUCCGUGCUGGAGAGGCUGAGUCCGCUUAGUAGCAGCGGCGGCGGCGGCUCUGGCAGGCAGAGCCUGCUCCUGGAGCAACACCAUCACCAUCACCUGCAACAGUACCAUCAGCAUCACCAUCAACAGGCGCAACAGCAGCAGCAGCAGCAGCAGCAACAACAACAACAACAACAGCAGCAGCAACAUCAUCAUCAGCAACAACGUUACUCGACCGGUAGCCCGGUGAUACACCAUCAUUCCCAACCGCAGCAUCAGUCGCAGCCGCAGUUACACCAGCAUCGAGUGGCCAGCAGUCCCCAUCAACACCACCAGCAUCAUCAUCAGCUGGCCUCGUCGAGCCUCCUAGAGGUGCAACAGCAGUCUCACACUGGGAGGGGCGGCGAUGAGGCCGGCCUUAUGGAAGUGGAGGCGGGGGCCGGUAUACCUGGAACUGGUGUCCUCGCCGGUGUGCCAACAGCGGUCGGUAUUCGAGGUGUCGGACCCGCGGCUGGUGGCGCCGCCGCGACCGGAACCUAUGGCGACAGCGGCUCCGACAGCGGGGUAAGCUCCCUGAGGAGCGCCGGCUCCGGCGACGAAAGAAGCGGUAGCAGGAGUUCCGCUCUCAGCGUCGACGAGAACACCACCUUGUUGACACCAACGGCCGCCACCACGCCGGCCCGCGUUUGGCACGUGCAGAGCAUACAGCACACAUCGUUGCUGAUGGCGCAUCCCCCAGCACCACCGCCCACGGCUGGCCCGAGUUCCGCAGCCGCGGCGGCAGCAGCGGCACCGCCGGUUGCCUAUCAGAGUUCAGCGCCACCGGGUCAUCAUCAUCCAGCGGUGGCAUCCGAGAUGCUUUGGAGGUCGCCCAGGUACCCGCCGUUGUCGCACGCUUUGUUAGGACCAGCUCAACCGAAUCCCGAGGAGCUGCUCGAGAGGGAGAGGAUCCUUCGGGAGCGGCGAGAAGCGGAAGUCCGGCUGGAGCGUGAACGCGAGAAAAGGGAGGCCAAGAUGGAGAGGGAGAGGCUCGAGAAGCAGAGGGCUGCCGAGCAAGCAGUUCACAAGCACUUCGAGGAGUCCCUCAGGCUGGCACAACAAAAGGUGUCUCAUGUUCCACAGAGAAACAUGCAGUCGACCUCGAUGGCGUGGAACACGUUCAUGUCGCUGCCGCCACCGGGUAGCAGGACGCAUGCCGCGCCUCACUCGGGGAUGACGGCGCACGUAGGUCAUCAUCAUCCGGGAGCGGGUGCGGGCAGCGCGCAUCCGGUCACUGUGGCGCAGCAACAGCAACGAGAACGGGAGGAACGAGAAAGAGAGGCGAGGGAACGGGACGCGAGGGAGCAAAGGCAGAGGGAAACUGAGAACCUGGGGAUAAGGGAACACCUGGCCGCGGCCGCGGCCGAGAGGCUGCACAGGCAAGCCGAGGCCAGGGAUCAUGUUGCGGCUCAGCAGAGGGCUGCUUAUUAUGCAGCCACAGCACCUCCGACUCAACAGGUGUCACGACCGUCGAGCGUACCUGGCAAAGUCGAUUACCCACCUCCGCCGGCGCACUCGAGGACAUCGAAGUCGUCGCUUCCAGUCAGUAGUCUUCACGAUAAACCACCGCAGGUGGUUGGACCGUCGCACAGCUCUCUGCCGAAAAUGGAGCCCAACGUGGGACUGUUCAGUUACUCGACGUAUCAGCCACAGUCGUCGUACAUGCACGACAUCAAGGUAAAGAGCGACGUGGGACAGCCGCACAAGUCACUGCCGAGCAAGGGCGGUUUGGCAGGCGGUCUCGACAGGGACCACCACGGCAGAGAGGUGCUGCAGAAUCCGCCCUCGUUGCUGGCAGACCACAAGAGCUCGGUGAUAGUGAAAAACGAGGGCCGCGAACUACCCAAGACGCCAGUCUCUCAGCAACACUCGCCGAGCCCGAAGAUUAUGCCGUAUCUGAGCGUGCAGUCAGUGGCGCCCCAGCACAAGCCGUACGAGUAUAGGAGUCCCACGCAGAGUCCGCAUCAUCUUCACCACCUAGACAGCAGCCUGCAAGCAGCGAAGAGUAUACCUCAAGGCCAUCACAGAAGCAGCAGCGGGCCGACGACCACGACACAGUUACCCAGCCCGCACGGGCAUCCACCGCAUUCGCACAAUCGACAGUCACCGCACGCUCAGCAUCCUCAUCAGCCACCGCAUCCGUCGCCACCCGAGCCCCGUUAUCUGACGAGGCCAGAAUCAGGGUUACCUUACGCCGCUGCCAAGUCCUCGUACCCGUAUCCACAUCCGCAUCCGCCCACGGCCUCGCCGACGUCCCAUUACGCAGCGCCGGCCGGCUCGAAGCCAAAAGUGAGCAGCCCGGCGCCGCCCCACAUCUACGGCAAACCGAACUCCGGCAUAAUGACCGGCACGCCGGUCUGCAGAGCCUCGGAGCCGGCUGUCGCUGCGCCGAUACCGCUCACCUCGAAGGCCGGCAGCUCGCCUUACCAACAAGUGCCUCAUCAUCACGGGGCGCCGCCACCACCCCUGCCGCCACCGGCUCACAGUAGAUCCGUCUACGACCCAAGAGGUUUCACCGGGUCAAUGCCAGCCACAAAACUACCGCCGCCUCCUCUUCAUGGCUCUCCGCCGACCGCGGCGUCCGCGCCUUUGUCCAGGCCGAUCGCUCAUCCCGCUCAUCAUACUAGCCCCCAUCAGCAGCCCGGUCAAACGGUGCAGCACUCGCAACCCCAGAUCAACACCACCUUCCAGACGCAACCACUCGACCUCGGCGUCGAGAGAUCUGGCUCGCCGAAGAGGAAGGCACCGACUCCCUCGUUGACCGAGAACCCCGGACAACCGGUAUCCCUCGAAGUCUGUAAGAAACGUAGGACCGAGGAACCACAGCCGUUGUCCCUGCAAUGUGUCGGACCUCCAAUAUUGUCACGGGUAAGCGAACCGAGUCCGUUGAUCGCCUCGGCCGCCACCUCCAUCACCACCGUGGUCAACACGGCAGCCUUGCUCGCUCAACCCAACACACAGACGCAGGAACGUACCGUGACUGCGGUCAGUCCAGCGCCUAGGACAGCCAGCGGCGAUGGCUCCGUGAGACCCGCAAGCACGGGCAGCGUGAGCUCGUUGAACCCUACGGUCAGUGCAGCUCCUAGUCCUGCGCCCAUACCAAGUCCGGCGCCUUCCACAGCACCCAGUCCAGCACCCAGUGCACCUGGUACACCGGCCAAAGCCAACGCCAGCACGUUGGACAGCGAAAAGUCCAACAGCCCGGCUCCAAGACCACCGAGCAGCACGAGCUACCCAGUUCAUAAACUGAAGAAAGCUUGGCUGCAGAGGCAUUCAGGCGAGGAUGGCACCGAAGACACCACUGGUGUCGUAGGCAGCGGGUCCUGCGUCACGUUACCUCUGAAUAUCUCUCAAGCCACCUCACAACCGCUCAACAACAAGGAACGGGAGUCCUCAUCUAACAACAGCAACACUAGCACCACGUGUCUGCCCAGUGCCGUGAACUCAAUUCACAAUAUCGGCACGAUGGCAGUGAACAGUAUCAAUAAGAGCAAAGUGACCACGAAGGGUGGACGAAAAUCCACCAACAAGGAGUCACUGAAUGGACACGCUACCGACUCAAAGAACUUGCAAGAAGACUCGUCCAGCAGCGACCCGGACCGGAAGUCGCCGCCGAAAAGGAAACCACCCAAGGUAAAACGAAAGAAGGGCGCCGCAAGGAGACAGCAAACAACCGCGGAAGAUCAGCGGAGACGGAAGGAAGACAAGCAAGUAGGAGGAGCUGGCGCAGGCAGUGAGUCUAGCAAUGAAAGUGAGGCUGGUUCUGCAAGUGACACCAGUGAACAGUUGGGUUCCAUUCAACCUGCAUCGAGGGUGCGGCAUACUACAGCCAAUUCCAACAAUUCCUCGGGAAACGGAAACAACAAGGAACCCAGGAAACGAGGUAGGAGACCAAAGACUACAAAAGGUAAUGAGUUAGGAGGUGAAGACCAACAACCGCGACAAAAAAAAGAACGUCGAGAUGACAGUACUAGCGGUGGUAACAGUGGGCCAGGUGGUAGCGGCGGAAGGGGUGAUCCCUUUCGUAGACCUCCGAUAUCACAACUAAAGAAAACUGGUGACAGCUGGUUGCAAGAUGGUGCUUGUUUCGAAGUCGCCCCGAAAUUGGCUAAAUGUCGUGAGUGCAGAUGGACACCGCACCAGCGCUCGAAAAACCUUCCACAAAAUAUUUUCUGCAGAUUUUAUGCAUUCCGUAGAUUACGGUACACCAAGACUGGACAAUUGGCUAUAGCUGGAUUCAGCGACCCGCACAAAGACGCGUCUGAGGUAGAUCUUCGGUUAUGGUUACCAGGAAAAGAUAAUUCGGAUACGAAGAAAGACGAAAAAUCUGACAAGAAUGAUAAAGAGAAAGGGGAUAAAGAAGAUCUGGAUUUAGAGAUGGCUCACCGACUACUUCGGCAAGUCGGUGACCAGUUUUGCGAUUUGCUCCAUCAAGAAAAAGACGCUCUUCAACAACACAAGGCAGAAGCAAAUUCGGGACUUGUAGACGGAACGGUAGCUUGGAAGCGAGUGGUUCAGGGUGUUCGAGAGAUGUGCGACGUGUGCGAGACGACUCUUUUCAAUUAUCACUGGGCCUGCGGUAAAUGCGGUUUCGUUGUGUGCAUCGAUUGUUACAAGGGACGCAAGAACGGAACGAUCAAGAUUUGGGGUGAAAGCGGGAAGGACAGGGACGAUUUCUCGUGGCUAUUGUGCACUAACAGACAAGUACACGAACCUGAACGACUGAUGCUCACGCAAAUCAUUGCCGGUGACAGUCUGAUACGUCUUGGGCAACGACUACACGAGUGCCGAGCAGAAUGGGGGAUCCCCCAACACUGCGGUUGCUCUCUGGUUGUUCAAACAUCUGCCAACGAGUUUCUACGGGGUUUGAUUAAGGGCGAUACGGUGCCGGUGAUGAACGGGAAUAUAAAGCAAGAGGUGAAGGAAGAAAAGAAGGUAAACGAGUCAAACGGAUCCUCGGAGAGCAAAACGAACGGAGAGGACAAGAACUCACCAUUGAAUUGGUUGGCGGACGUGGCAUUGCAAAACCAAGACAAGAACGAGAGUGGUUCGAGCUCAGAUUCUGAUGAAGAUCGAGACGGCAAUUAUUCGACCCUGCGGGAGUUGCUGAUCCGGCCUUCUCACAAGUCAAAUGGGAGCGGGUCCAGAUCGAACUCACCGACGAACAAUUCGAGCAACGUUAACACCGCGUCUGGGAACAACACGCAGAACAACGUGACAAAAUCGGGUAAGAAGUCCAAGAUGGAUACGCUGGAUGAAGUUAUAUCGAGCGUGAUCGAACAUAGUGUGAAGAAAGAGAGGGAAGGUGGACUGGACGAUGAGAAACCACGUGAGCUCAAGCAUUUCGUAAGGAGAUACAAAUGGACGCAAAAAGGAAGGGAACCGUUGCCUAUUCGAAUUAUGACGCUCACCGAAAGCAAGAGCCUCUACCCGGACGUGCCGCAUUCCUGGCUUUGUGACGGUAAAUUGCUCAGGUUAAAUGACCCAAACAACCCUAACAACUACAGAAUAUUUCAAGAUCAGUGGAAACGGGGUCAACCGGUGAUCGUGUCGGACGUCGCUAAGUCCUUGGACAUGAAUCUCUGGCAUCCGGACUCAUUCGCUCGAGACUUUGGCGAUGAGAAGAACGAUCUCAUCAACUGCAUGACCGGAAACCUAGUACCGAAUCAACCGAUGCGUAAAUUUUGGGAAGGAUUUGAGCACUUCUCGAAGAGAUUGAAGGACGAGAGAGGGAAUCCCAUGUUACUGAAGUUGAAGGAUUGGCCUCCGGGCGAGGACUUCGCGGAACUGUUGCCAUCAAGGUUCGCCGAUCUGAUGAAGGUACUUCCACUAUCGGAGUAUACGCAUCGGAACGGGAGAUUGAAUCUAGCUAGUCGUCUGCCCGAUUGUUUCGUCAGACCAGAUCUGGGACCGAAAAUGUACAACGCUUACGGUUCGGCUCUCCAUCCGAACAAGGGUACCACUAAUCUUCACCUAGACAUUUCCGAUGCGGUCAAUGUGAUGGUUUACGUGGGGAUUCCGAAGGAUUCUGACAAUGAUGAACACGUCAAAGAAGCAUUGAGAGCCAUAGAUGAAGCAGGCUGUGAUAUCUUGACACGGCGACGUGUCCGCGAACGAGGAGAAGCACCCGGUGCAUUGUGGCACAUCUACGCAGCCCGUGACGCUGAUAAGAUUCGAGAUCUGUUGAAUGCCGUGGCGUUAGAACGCGGUGCACGUUUGGAACCCCAUCACGAUCCAAUACACGACCAGAGUUGCUAUCUCGAUGGACCAUUGCGGGAACGCUUGUACCGCGAAUAUGGUGUGGAAGGAUACGCUAUCGUCCAGUGCCUAGGUGACGCAGUAUUCGUGCCGGCCGGCGCACCUCAUCAAGUUCGUAAUCUUCAUAAUUGUAUAAAAGUUGCGGAGGAUUUCGUAUCGCCGGAGAACGUCUCACAUUGUUUCCACCUUACGCAAGAGUUCCGCGCGUUAUCGGACACGCACACCAACCACGAAGACAAGCUACAGAUCAAGAACAUCAUCUACCAUGCGGUGAAGGAUUCCCUGACUGUUCUGUCAAACGUGAAGGAAGAAACUCUUGCCAAGACAAAGACCAACAUCGAGAUAAAGAAGGAGGAGACGUAGCCCUAGGCCCCCUGUCGCGGUCGCAAGAGCCGUUGUUUCGACUGAAAUCUCACUGUAGUCCAGUGAGUACAACCUGUUGCCGCCCCUCUGUGCUCUCCUGAACGAGCGUGUAUGCUGCGUAUACACGCGAAUCAGAUCGGGAUGUUGGGAGGAUCUGAUGAUUUAAGAUUCUCCGAGAAAAAAAUACCUGUACCGAGGUGCAAGAAUUUGUUGUGAUAUUUGACGAGUAACUCAAAAGUGUGAUUUAAUGGAUAUUGGCUGAGCCAAUGGUGUGUAAGAGCGAGGAGAAGCGACGGAAAAAGGAGUUUAUUCGUUGUUUCAUUUGAAUGUCCUUUUUACAUACUUUUCUUUUGUUUUAUUUUUUUCUUUUCUGUUUCCUUUCUCGAGUAAACGCGAACUGGCGGACAUGAAGUCCCCGCGAGUAUUUUCAUUGAAGCAUUGGAGCCGGUGACACGUGAAUUGCACCGCGGCGUCCGUUUACCAUUGUGAUACCGGGAUGAGGACUUUGCAUCAUACAUUAUUUGUAAUUACUUAUAUCGUGCCUGUAUUCAAUACAUACUGUCUAUAUUAUAUAAAAUGUAGAUAAUCGAUUUUACUGUGUAAUGAAUUCUUACUAUAGCAAGUAACGAGAGGAUUGUCUAGAGGUACCUUUGUGCAAUUAGAUGUCGAAUUAAAAUGCAAGAUGUAAAAGAAAAAAAAAUAACGUUGUUUAGCUGGAUCAAUGAUAAUCGUCGAUCCCCGUGACCGUGCUCUCGUGAUCUGGUGCUUUUGGUAUUCGAUUAUUGAAGACAACAUGAAAGAGAUGAAAAAAAAGGAUGAUAUUCGAGCAAGCGCUUUGCCGAAAUGGCCGAUAUAUAUUUUCUCGCUAGAGUUCUUGUGUUCCGCGCGAUAAGGGCGCAAAAAUGUAAACACUGCCUAACCCGUUGUUCGCGUCAGUCCAGAUAACAGAUAAGGUGGCUUUGGAAUUCGGUGCGUGUCAAAGCACAUUUUAAACGCGUGUUGUAUAAUCUCUCUCGUUGCACUCCGGCAAUAACCGGGAACGAUAUAUACAGUGCGACAGACAAACGACAUCGUUUCGGUUUUUUGUCCUCCGAAAAAUAUAUCGGCUAUGCCGGAGCAAAGUUUGUUUUUUCGCGGUUAGAAAAGUCUGUAUCGCGCUUGUCGUUUUUAAACAGAGGCAUCAGAGCGAAAAGUAACGAAAACGAAAGGCGGUGGGCGCUUUUAACGGAAACAAUUUUGCCGAUAUUAUUAUUGUCCUUCGCGAGAUAUAUGAUCGACCGAGACCUGUACAGACUCUAUUGAAUUUAAUGUUUUUUAUAGAUUGGAUUUUGACGUUGUGGCCCAGUGAUGUGACCCAGUAACAAGGGUGGUGACAAAAAAAAUGAAAAAGAGAGAGAAAGAAAGACAGGGAGAGAACAAGUUACAAAAAAAAAGAAAAAAACGAAAGAAAGAAGAAACAUGAAAUUUAUUAUUUUUGUCAAAUCACGCAAUGAAGAACCG